AUGCCAACCAAAUCAGAACUCCAAUCGGACCUAAGCCUGGAGGCGCUAGCGGACCUCCAGGUCCCUAGCGACCUGCACAUCUCCCCAGACGGCACCAAGGUCGUCUACGCACUGCGACCAUUUAGCAGAAACCACGAGAAUGCCACCUCUUCUAUCUGGAUCGCUGAGAUAGGUAAAGAGAAAAGCAGUCGCCAGAUUACCUCUGGUCUCUUCAACGACGAAAAGCCGCAAUGGGCUCCAGACAGCGCUUCCAUCGCAUUCAAGUCUGACCGGGCCCAGCCGGGCAAAAGCUCCGCUAUUUAUAGUGGUAUUGCCUCGUUCGAGUGGAGCCCCAAUGGACGGUUUAUCGCGUAUACCAGUCCAGAUGAAAAAACAGAUGAACAAACCCGCAAAGAGGAACGGAAAGAGGAUGCUAAAGUAUGGGGGCAGGACUUGAAGUAUCACCGAUUACGCACUGUGCAUGUGGCAACAAAAGAGACGCGUAUUCUCGUCGGCGGAGACAAACAUGUCCAUGCUUUCUCGUGGAGUCUGGACGGACGAGAAAUCGCAUAUGUCGAGCAUCAGGACCCGGAUAUAAACUCAGCAGGAUUUCAUGGUGCGAAGAUUUGCAUCGUCGAUCUAACAACUGAGAUAUCCAAGACGAUCACCAAAUUUCCGGGACCUGUGACUCAAUUUGCCUGGGGAGAGGAUGGCGUUUUCUUUAUUGCGGGAAAAGUACCAACGCACUGCUCGACUUCUCAAGGCCUCUACCGUCUUUCCAUUCCAGAUGGCACCUACAUCCAGCCAGAUAUGAACGAAGAAUACUGCUGCCUGUAUAUGAACAAGAACAACUCCUUGCUAUCAUAUCGGGUCCAGGCUGGACUCGAGGAUGAGAUCGGCUACAUUGACGACAACGUCAGGCGUCAUGUCUACCGUGAAAAGCAUGAUAUUGCCUCCUUUGAUGUCUUCAAGUCGCCAGGUUUAUUGAUCACGGCGAUCACCAAAGGGGACGGCUCAAAUCCUGAAGAGGUCUUCUCUAUCUCAGGAUCUGCCAACCCAGUCAAGUUAUCUGAUCAUAAUAAUGCACUUGCCGCUCUCAAAAUCUCCAGAGCCUUGCCUAUCGAGACCAGAGCCACGGAUGACUAUCGUCUUGAUGGUGUGAUGUACUUUCCAUCCAAGUACAAAGAAUCCGAUGGCCCGCUCCCGACAAUUCUCCUUCCACACGGGGGGCCUUACUAUCGACUUACGAUCGGGUUCUCGGUCUGUCACUAUCUGGAGGUUCCACUCCUGGUCUCGGCUGGGUACGGCGUCUUGUGCCCGAACUAUCGUGGCGGCAGUGGCCGAGGCCAGAAACACGCCGCUUAUGCUCGUGGGGGGGUGGGCACGGUCGAUUAUCAGGAUUGUAUUGACAUUCUUCAUGCCGGCAUUGAGAAGGGAUUGGUGGAUCCUGCUCGUGUGGCGAUUGGAGGUUGGUCACAGGGAGGUUUCCUUUCGUACCUGGCGAUUACUCGAGACAAGUUCUCCUUCCGAGGUGCAUGCUGUGGAGCAGGUGUGAGCGAUUGGGAUGUGAUGACCAUGACGAGUGACGCAUAUUGGUUCGAGGCCGACCUUGCUGGUGGCUCUCCAUGGGAAGUUGAUGAAGAUGCGGAAAUCGAAGUCGAAGUCGGCGAACUAGAAACGGGUAUGGCUAAGAGCGGAAUAGAUGGCUCAGGCUCGAUUUCGCACAAGCAAUGGCUUCGACAGACGGCCUCGCGAAAAGGAAGCGCCCUGUGGCAUAUGAGGAAUGUCAACACGCCGAUCUUGAUUCUUCAUGGUGAGGAGGAUGUUCGUGUGCCAUUGUCGCAAGCUGUUGCUUUCUACCGAGCAUGCAUUCGCAACAAUGUCCCUGUCACGAUGGUGUCUUAUCCUCGAGAGGGCCAUCUCUUCCAUGAGAGGAAGCAUAUCGUCGACAUGUGGAAACGAAUGAGGCAGUUCUAUGACUUGCAUUUGAAUUAA